CACGAGGCCAGCAGGAGCUGUUUCCAUAAAAGUAUUGGAUGUCCAGAGGAAUGCGCCCUUCUAAAAACACAUAUUUCGGUAGCGUCCGGACUCCCCCGCACAUCAGCGCAGCGUUAAACCCCGCACGGACGUCCGUAUACCUCUCUCCCCGGAGACUUUCUUCUGCUUUCUGAGACCUGUGUGAGCCCGCGCCAGCCACCUACAGCCAUGGAUGCCAUCAAGAAGAAGAUGCAGAUGCUGAAGCUCGACAAGGAGAACGCCCUGGACAGGGCAGAGCAGGCCGAGGCAGAGAAGAAAGCGGCCGAGGACCGCUGCAAGGAGUUAGAAGAUGAAUUAAGUCAAUUGGAAAAGAAAAUGCGUGUCACCGAAGACGAGAGAGAUAAAGCGCUUGAAGAUUUCCAAGCCGCUGAGGAAAAGCUGCUGAGCGCUGAUGAGGUCGCCACCAAGGCCGAGGGGGAAGUGGCCAGCUUGAACAGACGCAUCCAGCUGGUGGAGGAGGAGCUCGACCGCGCCCAGGAGCGUCUGACCACAUCCCUGCAGAAGCUGGAGGAGGCGGAGAAGGCGGCCGACGAGAGCGAGAGGGGGAUGAAGGUCAUCGAGAACAAGGCCAACAAGGACGAGGAGAAGAUGGAACUGCAGGAGGUGCAGCUGAAGGAGGCCAAGCACAUCGCUGAGGAUGCCGACCGCAAAUACGAAGAGGUGGCCCGGAAGCUGGUGGUCAUCGAGUCCGACAUGGAGCGGGCAGAGGAGCGGGCAGAGCAGGCUGAGAAACGCGUGCGGAAGGCGGAGGAUGAGCAGAGGCUUAAGGACCAAAAGGUUAAAUCCUUAAAGGCCUCAAACAUCAAGUACUCGAACCAGGAGGAUAAGUUCGAGGAGGAGAUAAAGGUCCUCGCUGACAAGCUGAAAGAGGCUGAAACCCGUGCCGAGUUUGCCGAGAGAUCAGUCACCAAGCUGGAGACGGCCAUCGACGACCUUGAAGAUGAGCUGCAUAGACAGAGAGUGAAGUACAGGAGCGUCAGCGAGGAGCUGGACCACGCGCUCAGCGACAUGAGCGCCAUGUGACCCUCCUCGCCCACUGCGUCUGCUCACCCAUCCUCACCUUCACCCCAUUGUCGCUCUGCUCCGAAGUCAGCGGCGGACCUCUGCUGCAGAUCACUGUGUCUGAUUGUGUGUUUGACCCCCUUCCUGCUUCUUCCCGUGUUUUGAUACCAGCUUGACCCUGCAUACCGCCCCCUGCAUGUUGUCCCCUGCAUAACACUCUUUUCCAUUGUAAGAGUAAGACUUUGGUGUAUUGACACUGGGUGCAGUUGUUCUCCCUCUACUAGCCUGAAUGCUCUUAGUGUUGCACUUUCUGAUGAUGUGAAUAUUAGUAGUAUUAGGUCCUUGCUUUGUUGGUGGAUCUUGUGUAGCUCCUACUGUGAUUCUGCUCUGGCUUCUACCUGGGCAUUCACUGGAAGCGCAGCAAAGCUGCAUUCAUGCCUAGUUGACUCCUUGAUAGCCAAGUGCCUCUCCCUGUCUGUCCUGUUUCAUUCCUCCCUUCAUUCCUGAGAGGUCACUCCCGUGAGCUUGUUGCUUUUAAAAUUUAAUUUGUAUUCGCCAAUUCCGAAACACUCUCCAGCUGUCUGUCUCCAGCUGACUCUUGCUUACCAGAACUGCAUUUAUAAUAUGAACCGUGAUUGUUGCAUCUACACAUUUCUGCAUUUCAGUGUCAUGGAUUUGCUUAUACACACACACUUGUGAUUAUGUGCUGUAUGCAACCCCCCCCCCCCCACCAACCAAGAGUCUGUGUGCUGUGUGAACAUGGAUGGUUCCGGUCCAGAAAGUAAAAAUCCAGAUCAAGAUUCUGUCUCAGCCAUCCAAUUGAGUAUAAAGAGUCGCAGCCACAGAGUGUUCAACACAGAGAAUUCCAGCCUCACUCCUGUCGGGAGAGAGAGCUGGUUCAAGAAUUAUUCAUUGAGGGUAGCUGGCAGUUACAUCAGGGGCUCUGGGCCCUACUGCAGAUUCAGGGACAUGGCUGGACAUAGAGCUGCCUGCUGAAUGUGGAUGGACAACAUCUACAGGAGAUGUCUUAAUAAACCAGCUUUGGGAGUGAUUUCUCCUCACGGAUGAGUAAAUAGAUUGAUUUGACUGUCAGCCAGGUAGAUUUACGGCUUUCCCCAUAAAUCAGUGAGCUUUACAAAUAUGUUUUCUUCCCUAGAUGCCUAAGUGAGCACCUCCUCAGUGCGAGAUGAGCCUUUAAUGAUGAUGCGUUUAGGCCGUUCUGCUCUCCCCAGCCGGUCCCUUCACAGUUCAGCGAUCCUAUUGGAGGGAGUCUUUAUUGACCUGUGUGCUUUGCCCUCUCCGCCGUAUUGUUAGCCCGUCCGUUCGGAAACAUAGACCCCCUGUCUCCAGACAUGCUCGGUCAUUGACGUGUGGCAGUCUCAGUGAUAACCACUUUGUUUUCACAGGAAUACAGGUCGCUGACUUGCACUGUGAUAAAAUCCCACUAACCAGACGUUUCUAAUAACCGUUGCUAACACCCCUCUGCUCUCUCUCUCUUUUUCUCUCUCUCUUUUCUUGUUAAACUGCUUUCUGACG